AUGGCCUCAGAUACAGAUUUAACCCUUAAAGAGCUCUGGAAAGAACAUGACAACACCCUUUCCUGUCCCACACUAACUGAUGGGAAGGAGAGUAAUGGAACAGAAUUCAUCCUCCUGGGCCUCACCCAAAAUCCACAGCUGCAGAGGCUCUUAUUCAGUGUGUGCGGCCUGACCUAUGUGAUCACACUGGCAGGUAACAAGCUCAUCUCCGUCACCAUCUUCAUCAGCCCGGCCCUGGCUUCUCCCAUGUACUUUUUCCUGUCCUAUUUGUCCAUCAUAGAUGUUUUCUACUCUUCCUCCAUAGCCCCCAAGAUGGUCUUCGACUUGAUCUCUGAGAAGAGCACCAUCUCCUUCAAGGGCUGCAUGGCCCAGCUCUUUGCUGAACACUUUUUCACCGCAGCUGAGAUCAUCUUGCUCAUUGCCAUGGCCUACGACCACUACGUGGCCAUCUGCAAGCCCCUGCACUAUGUGACCAUCAUGAGCCGAUCCAUGUGUGCCUUCCUGGUGGGGGCCGCUGUGCUCUUAGGCUUUGUUCACAGUGGGAUACAGGUUCUACUUGUGGUCCAGUUACCAUUCUGUGGUCUCAAAAUCAUUGACCACUUCAUGUGUGACCUGGUCCCACUCCUGGAGCUGGCUUGCACUGACACUCGCACCCUGGGGCCCCUGAUCGCUGCCAACAGUGGCUCACUGUGUCUGCUCACUUUGUCUCUGCUGGCUGCUUCCUAUGUCAUCAUCCUGCGUUCCCUGAGGACAUACAGUUCUGCUGGGCGCAACAAAGCCCUGUCUACCUGUGCCUCCCAUAUCACAGUUGUCAUCUUAUUCUUUGUGCCUUGUUCAUAUCUCUACCUAAGACCCAUUACUUCCUUCCCCACCAACAAAGCUGUGACUGUGUUCUGCAUCCUAAUAACACCCAUGCUGAACCCUUUAAUCUACACCCUCAGAAAUGAGGAAGUAAAGAGAGUUAUGAAGAAGCUCUGGGGUCAAAUAAUG